AUGUCGGGCUCGAAGCAGACGGCGCUCUCCGCUCUGGAGAAAAUCCGGAGGCAGAGACGUGGAGAGGCCAAAGCCUCGGAACAGUAUGAAGUUAAGGAUGAGAAUGCGGAAAUUUACGCGACCGUGACAGAGGAGGAUUAUCAGCGGUUGAAGCAGACGCGGCGCGCUCAAGAGUGGAUCGACGGAGAGGGCUACAGCGACGAUGGCGAGGAGUGGUGGGCCUCGAACAGUGAAGACGACGAGGACGAGGAGGCGCCAGAAGGUCGAAGAGGAAAGAGGCGAAACGAGGGAGACCGAGAUACAACAAAACCCAAGAAGGCACGGAACAAUGCUCUCGCUGCGGCAGCUGCAGUCGCAGCUGCCUCGGCGGAGGCCCAGGGUAUGCGCUCGCUCGUCCAGCACUUUAGUGCGAUCUCUGCGGAGACGCAUGCGAAGCAAGAACAGAAUUUGGUGACGAAACGCUAUGUGGAGUCUCUGCAGUCGGUGGAUAAACUGUUUGGUGAAGAAGAGGACUCAGGCGAGAGUGCUACCACCGGCGAGACAUCGCCUCUUCCAGGAGAAGGAAGUCGCGCCGCUCAGGAAGGAAGGGGGGCGACGCCGUCGUUGCGAGACCAAAUGGCCGUCACUUUGAAGCCAGGAGAAAGAGAGCAAAACCGCAGGUCGACAGAGGCGCUGUCUGCGGAAGGACACGGGUGGAUUGGCGCCAGCCGUAGCAAUGGUGCAUGCGGCUAUUCGCCCGGCGCCUCCUCGUUUCUGGCCCAGUUUGGCGUCGGCCGCGCUCCAGAGAGGGCUUUCGCGAACGUGGCGGACAGCGGGUAUCUCCUAGCCUCACCAGAGGGCCUCCCAGGCCCCGGGGGUUCAAACAAAGCGCUGCGGCUAUCGCCUUCCAGCGCCCAAGACCUUCAGUCGUCCCCUCCUCACGGCCAAGGACCAGUGGCCAGCACAGGCUCCCCGGGGGCCGACGUGGGCGAGGAGGACGGCAAAGAGGGCGAGCAUGCAGAGGAUGCAGGAGAGGCAGACGCCUCCCCGGAGGGCGAAAAAGAUGAAGGCAACGAAGACGAGGGCGACCAGGACACUCAGGACACGCUCUUCAAGGCGACGGGCGAGUACGAAGGGAAUGGUCCUGUCUUGCCGAAGCAGGGUUUAACUCUCUUCAUGCAGGACGAAGUCGACAGGGAUGCGAAAGAGACAGAAGAGACAGAAAGAGGGGAGAGAAACGCCGUGCCUGCAGGCGACCAAGCGUCCGACAGCCAGCCACCGAUCUGCGAGGACGGCACCCUACCCUUUUACUUUUUAGAUGCGUGGGAAGAAGCGGGCACGCUCUACCUGUUUGGCAAAGUCUGGCCUGCGGCGGCGAAGCCAGAGAAGGAAGGCGCCGAGGCGAGCCCGUCGCUGCAAAAGUAUCGCGGCGGCCCGCCGCCCCAGAGUUGUUGCGUCGUCGUGCGCGACAUGAUGGUCCCUCUCUUCUUCAGGACCCGGGAGCAAGUGGACAUGACGUCCUCGUCGCGUCUUCUCGAGGGCGAGGAAGAGAAGGACGGCGCCAAGGCUUCGGAAGAGCGAGAGCGGGAGUUGCGGCGGCGCCUUGAGCGUCGAAUGGAGAUAACAAAGGCGUUCUUCAAACAGGAUUUGCCGCGUCUGAAACAGAAGUAUCGCUGGCGGAAGGUCGCGAUCAAGGGCGUGUUCCGACACUACGCCUUCGACGCUCCAGACGUCCCUCGAGGCCGCGAACAGACCUUCGUGAAGGUGUUUGUUCCUGCGAGCGCGCCGCCCUUGAGUCCGGACGACUUGGAGGGCGAAACGUACUCCCACGUGUUUGGCGUCGGCCAGUCGUUGAUCGAGUUGCUUCUCGUGAAGCGCCGGAUCAAGGGCCCGUGCUGGUUGCGAAUCGGAAACUUCACGCGCCCGGCGUCCGCCUUCGAUCACCUGUCCUGGUGCCAGCACGAGGUGUACAUACAGUCUCACAAGGACGUGCGGCUGUGGAACGCGUUCAACAAGGCGACGCAGUCACGCCACCCUGACGGCGCGCUGCCGCCGCCCCCGCCGCUGACCGUUGUCGCGCUCUCGGCGAAGAGUGUGCAAGUUCCGACGGGCGCGGCGGGCCACCAGGACACGGAUCGACAGCUCGCCAUGGCGUCGUUCUUUGUCUACAGAGACGCAGACAUCGACGACCAGAACGCGCAGCCGCGCCUCAGCCCCCAGAACGUUUUCUGCGGCAUUCGACGCGUGCGCACGGCGGGCGGGGCGACAGCGCGCGUCAACGCCGAAGGGUUGCCCCUCCAGUUCUACGAGCUGUGCACCAAGCAGGGUUUCAGCGUCUUUGAUGCGGAGAAAACGCUCCUUCUCAACUUCAUCAAUCGGCUCGCCGCGGCCGACCCCGACAUCCUCGUGGGCCACAACAUCUACGGCUCCGACCUGGAGAUUCUCGGCCAGCGGUGCGCCGUCCACGGCUUGCCGGUGUGGCACAGGCUGUCGCGUCUGAAGCGGCCCAAGCAUGUGAGGCCGCGCGCAUCGCCGAGUGUCUCUUCAGGGGCCAGCGGACGCCGAGAAGGCCUCGACGGGAGCUUCGGCGCGGCGGGCGUAUGGGGCGGCCGACUCCUCACGGUCGGCCGGCUCGUCUGCGACACCUACAUGCAGGCUCACGAGCUUCUUGGCCACCGCGUGAACUACGACCUCGUCCCCCUUCUGCAGGACUUGUUCCUGACGUCGCCGGGUUCGCCAGCCGCGACUGCGUCUUCGGCCUGGGCGGCGAAGAUCCAGAAAGACAUCCGCGCGCUCAAGCCCUUCCCGCAGCCGCUGGAGCUUCUCGAGUUCUUCCAGCGGCGCGAGGCUCAGCCCCUCCUCGUCUGUUUGCAAAUGUGCGUUCAAGAGACCUUCAUGACGGUCGCGCUCUGCUGGCGUCUCAACUGCCUGCCCCUGACUCGGGAGUUGACGACGAUCGGCGGCAACCUCUGGGCGCGGUCGCUUCAGAACCAGCGCGCGGAGCGGAACGCGUUUCUGCUUCUCCACGAAUUCCACCGCGAAAAGUUCAUUUGCCCCGACAGAGAAGACCCCUACUCGCGCGGCGCGCCGAACAAGCGACCGCAAGCCGGACGGACUGCACCACGCCGCUGGCCGGGAGCGCCUGGCGGCUCUGGGAAGGAAGACGACCUAGGGGACGAGGAGGGUGGCAUCGACGCGGGCCUCGUGGAGCGCAGAGACGAGGACGACGGUCUUCACGAGGGGCGGCGCGAAGGCGAAGAGCGCGGCAGUGGUCGCGCGAAAGCGAAUUAUGCGGGCGGUCUCGUUCUCGAGCCCCGAGUCGGGCUGUAUGACACAUUUGUCCUUCUCCUCGACUUCAACUCGUUGUACCCCUCUAUCAUUCAAGAAUACAACGUGUGCUUCUCGACUGUGAAGAGGCCGGUGCGGUCGCGGCACGGCCAGACGAGCGCCGCGUGUGGCCCAGACGGCGAACACGCGGACACGCUUCAAGAGCGAGACGAAGACACGAGUCGGCCCCAUGCAGCUGAGGAGGACGUCCAAGGCAUCGCCUCCACGCCGGGGCUGCUCCCGCGCAUCCUGCGCCAACUCGUGCAGAGGCGCCGCGCAGUCAAGGCCUCGAUGAAGGGCGAAACGAAUCCAGUGAAACGCGCCGCUCAGGAAAUCAAGCAGCUGGCUCUGAAGCUCACCGCGAACAGCAUCUACGGCUGCCUCGGGUUCAGCCGCAGCCGCUUCUACGCCAAGGAACUCGCCGCAUUCAUCACGCAGCAGGGUCGAAACAUCCUCACGGCAACGAAAGACAAGGUCGAGAGAACUCUACGCCUCGAAGUCGUCUACGGAGAUACCGACUCGAUCAUGAUAAACACCGGCUUGCGGGACGACGGCGGACAAGGCAAGGCCUACGCGGCGGCCGUGCGCCUGGGCGAACAAGUGAAGGCGGAAAUCAACAAGAGCUACAAGAAGUUGGAGAUUGAUUUGGAGGCAGUCUUCCGCCGGCUGCUGCUGCUGAAGAAGAAGAAGUACGUCUGCUGCAUUGUUCUCGAUUACGCGAAGCGCCAGUACAAACUCGAGCAGAAGGGUUUGGACAUUGUGCGUCGAGACUGGUCGAAGCUGACCAAGGUCGUGGGAAAUCAACUGCUUCAGAUCAUGUUUCGGGUCGGGCAGAACGCGCCGCUGCCUGCGAACGCAGAGGCUUCGUCUCCGGCCAAGGAGAAAGAAAGCGCGUCGAAGGACGCCGUGGACUCGGUGGUUGAGGAACUCCACGAGAAACUGCGCGAAGUCGCGAAGCAACUGCGAGCUGGCCGCGUGCCGCUCGAGUUCUUUGUCAUCACGAAAGCCCUGACGAAGCCGCCGCAGAUGUACGCCCGAGGCACCGGCGGCGCCGUCUUGCACCCACACGUGCAGGUGUCGCUGCGCAUGCAGGCCCAGGGUUUGUCGGUGAAGCCGGGGAACGAGAUUCCCUAUGUGAUUUGCUCCGAGGCGAGCGUCAGGGCGUUUCUCGCUUCGCAGGACGCAGCUGGCGACGAGGCCGAAACCGCAAAGCGAAACGAACAGGGCUCGCCCAUCGAAGAACCGGGGAAACGCGCAGAGGCCUCGAAAAACGCGCAGGGCCGGAGCGGACCCUUGAGUCCGGCAGAGCGCGCGUUCCACCCGCGGGAAGUCGCGGGAAACAAAACCCUGGAAAUGGACGUCGACUACUACCUCGAACAGCAGCUGCUGCCCCCGAUCCAGCGCAUGUGCGCCUUUGUCGAGGGGACGAGUGCAAGUCGGCUAGCCGAGUGUCUGGGCCUCGAUGGCUCCAAGCACGCCCGACCCGACGGCGUGCCCGGGCCAGGCAAAGACGCCAGCCGAGACGCGCGGGAGAAGGCCGGCGAGGAACGCAUCAUGGCUCUGAUUUCCAAAAGUGAAGAGAAAUACAAGAUGUACAAACUUCCCAUCAACUUACCUUGUGUGGCAUGCAAAGCCACCAUAUUGGGCAAAGACGUUUUGCAGUUCAUGCGGUGUCCUUCUUGCACUUGGUGGAUUUCGCCGUCGACCUUGCGCAACUUUGUGCGCCUCACGUUGGCGGCCCUACAGAGCAAGUUUGCGCGGCCCCGUCUCAGGUGUUCGUCUUGUCACGAGCGAUUCGACCAGUGCCCUCCGCCCUCGUCGUUCGCGACGGGCCGUCGCUCCCGUCUUGUUUGCCCGCGCUGCGAGGAAGGCAACCUGCGCGAGGAACUGAGUGCGCAUGACUUGUACAUGUACCUGGACGAAAUGCAGUUUUAUCUCGCUGGCGAUGUCACGGCCCAGCAGGUGGCGUUGAGUGAGAGAGAGAAAGACCGCAACCCCGAGAAGGCUGCGUCGAUCAUGCGCUUCCGCCGAGCCGGAAACGCCGGCGACCGGAAUGCCGGGGCAGUCGGCAACUCUGGAAAAGAUUCCUGGCCCGUCCCGGUCGGCGUCGAUCCCAAUCUGGUCACGAAGGUCCUCGAGGAAGGCCGCGGAAAGCCGCCGACUCUGCGCGAGCGACUGGAAGCGCGCGAUUGCCUCGAGGCGGCUUAUAAACGGGUGCGCGAGGCCGAGGUCCCCCCCGUCAAACGCGGCGUCGAACUCCGCUUUCCCCACGCUGUCGCCGCGUACAUUUAUCUCGAAAAAAUAAAGCACGGAGCGACUUGGAUCGACAUGCAACAGGAAAGAGAAAAACUCCAACAGAUGGUUGCCGCCACGUUGGCUCAAAACGCCUACAGAAUGAUCGAACUGCGCGGCAUUAUGUGCGUGAUGCAAGCGGCAGUUCCCGUGGAUCCCAUCAAGCAGAGAUGGCAUGUUUUGCGAGGCCUGAAUCGCGUGAAGGCUUGUGAGCAGGAACGAAAGAGUUGGGGGGACGGCCUUCGACAACGAGGCUCCUCUGUGUUCUCUCAGCUGGAAAGCAGCUUUGGAGUGGAUUACGUGGAAGAAGACGAAAGAAUAUUCGGUCAGCAAAAACUCCACACCAAUCUAUCUCGUCGUUUCUCGGAUAUUGCUGUCAAGCGAGAGGGCAUUGCUGAAUAA